GCCCCCCCUCCCCGCGUAGUUGGGAAGGAUUCUCGCUUGCCAGGUGGUGAACUUCAAUAGUUCCCAAUUUGGCGACAACUAGGAACUGUUUGACCUCUUUCCCUCUUUCCUCAUUAGCAUAGUUUAGAAGGCUGGUGGAGUUGCUCAACCAGCAGCAUUUCCUUUUUCUUUUUUUCCCCUCCCCUUUCCCUCCUUCCCGAAAUCACAGUCAGUCCCGAAAUGGCAUACGGACUUGACGACUGACUUCGAUCCGAGAUCUCGGAAAAAACACAAAUUUCUCUGUCUCUUAAGAGGGAAGAUUAUGUCUGCGAUGACGGGUCCAAGAUCACCGACAUCCCCGUGGCCUCAGGAAUCGCAAGCGCGCACGAUACCUGGUUCUGCAAGCCCAACGGCCUUCUUCGCAUUAUGUGACCCGCGCCCAUCGACUUUCAAUAAUAUUAGCCCUCGGAGAACAGGGCCAGGAUCAGAGCGGUCAAGUUCCAACUAUUUUUCGACGAACGCAGAUCACCAGAGUCACUUUGCAAAAAACAAAGAUGGCCUUGCACACGCCCACCCACCUGUUCCCAGUCCGAAAGGACACCCCCCUCAUGGCAAAAACAUAGCUGAAGAGCAUGUAGACUUACAAGGGGCCAAGUCGUCGGAAAGUGAUGGUUCGAAUGCCGAUUCGGUAGUCUACAAAAUUUCUUGGAAUCGUGCAAGGGAGCCAAAUUCUAGUCGGCCGAAGACUAUUGCGACACUGUCAGCAGAGACGAACGCGAGCCUCCUAUCAAUUGAGCGCUGCGCUGCGCUUCUCCAGUCAUCCCUGCAUGACCUGAUACUCCUCGAUGUGCGACCGUUUGCACACUUUGCAAGGGGAAACAUCAGGGGGUCACUGAAUCUCUGUAUCCCAACCACUCUCCUCAAGCGACCUUCUUUCGAUACGAAGAAACUAGCAAACACAUUCACAGCGGAAGCUGACCGGAAAACCUUUGCUGAAUGGAGACAAUGCCGCUAUAUAAUUGUCUAUGAUGCCACCACGGCUAAUAUGAGAGAUGCAGGGCCACUAGCUAAUGUUCUGAAAAAGUUCACAUCCGAGGGUUGGAACGGCGAAGGGUUGAUUUUAACAGGAGGGUUUAAAGCCUUUUCAAGCCGAUUUCCUGAACUCACGCAGCAACAGCAACAGCAGCAGCAGCAACAACAACAACAACAACAACAACACCACCACCAACACCAACAGACGUCCGAGAACCCACUAAAAAAGCCCUAUUCAGCUCAUAUGAGCCUCCCAGGGUUCGCUCCAAUCGCUGGUGGAUGCACCCUCCCUGAAUCAACACAUGCUACAAUUCCAUUCUUCUCGAAUAUUCGUCAGAACACGGACCUUGUCGGUGGUGUUGGACAAAUCCCUCUUAAACAUUCAGAAAAUUUUUCUGAACCACAAAGACAAGCCCUUCCUGUUUGGCUUCGUGAGGCAUCCGAUCCUGCGGAUCAAGGCAAGAGCGUUGCCGCAAAGUUCUUAGAUCUUGAAAAGAUGGAACUGGAACGAAUGAAACAGGCGUUGACCUACGAUCAGAAUGCCGAUCCCCUUUCAUUUGGACCUUCAUCUCGCACCUUCCGUGUGGCCGGAAUCGAAAAAGGUACAAAAAAUCGUUAUAACGAUAUUUAUCCAUACGACCAUUCUCGAGUGAGGCUCCAAAAUAUCCCAUUAGGUGGCUGUGAUUAUGUGAAUGCCAGUCACAUAAAAGCAGAGUACAGUGAUAAGUGCUAUAUAGCUACCCAGGCCCCUGUGCCCGACACAUUCAAUGAUUUUUGGCGUGUUGUCUGGGAACAAGAUGUCAGAUUAGUUGUCUCUUUGACUGCAGAGGUCGAAAGAGGACAAAUCAAAUGUCACCCAUAUUGGAAAUCUGGGAGCUAUGGCCCAUUACAAGUGAAUACCUUCUCCCAAAAGCAAAUUCCUGCCUACACUCUCAAGUCACGGCCUGGUGAUCCUGGCUCGGGCAACACAUUCUCAGACUCGUCUGUAGACUCAUCGAAUCCUUCUAUCACCAUCAGACACUUCAGCUUGUCCCAUUCAGGAUUUCCAUUCGAACCCUUGCGCGAAGUCACGCAGCUCCAGUACCCCUACUGGCCUGACUUCGGCACUACUUCACAGCCAGAGCAUUUGCUCCAUUUGAUUGAACAGUGUGACAAGGCCCGAAAUGCAGUGGGUAAACUUAAUGGAGCCGAAAGACCGAUCAUAGUCCACUGCAGCGCGGGCUGCGGCCGUACCGGUGCCUUCUGCACGGUGGAUAGUGUUUUGGAUAUGCUAAAACGGCAGCGGCUGGAGAACAACGCUGCGCAUGGCCCGCAAUCUCCUGAUCAGUUGAUGCGCAAUGGACACAUGGACCUCGUUGCCAAAACGGUGGCAGAUUUCCGAACACAACGGCCUAGCAUGGUUCAAAACCUAAGCCAAUUUGUUCUUUGUUAUGAAAGCGUCAUCGAAUGGGCUGUCUCACAGAUGGCAAAAGUGGAAAGCCCGGCUUGAUGCCAGAAGCUGUAUUAAACCUUUCUCGAUUUGCGGAAGCAUGGCUAAAGAAGAGACAUGUUAGAUUGUCCAUUGCCUCGUUGGACGUAUGCGCUUCUUUGUGUAUUUCAGCAUCCAUUGUGUAGAUCUGCGCGCAUUUUCUGGCGUUUGGGCUUGCUUCUCUUUUCUGCAAGGUCUAGAA